AUGUCCUUCGCCAUGCUGCGCUCGGCCCCCAGCCGGUACCUCUACCCCGAGAUCAGCAUGCUAUCCGAGGACGAGGAGAAUGGGAGCGAGAGCUCCAGCUCCGAGGAAAAGCCCUACCACCUGGACGCCGGCCCCUACGGCCUCAAGGGCGGGAAGCGCCGGAGCAGCAAGAAAUCCAACCGGAUCAACCGGGAGCCCCGGCAGCGCCACACGGCCAACGCGCGGGAGCGCGACCGCACCAACAGCGUCAACACCGCCUUCACCGCCCUACGGACGCUCAUCCCCACCGAGCCAGCCGACAGGAAGCUCUCCAAGAUCGAGACGCUGCGGCUGGCCUCCAGCUACAUCUCCCACCUAGGCAACGUGCUGCUGGUCGGGGAGGCCUGCGGGGACGGCCAGCCCUGCCACACCACCCCCGGCUUCUACCACCACAGCAGCGGCAGCAGUCCCCCGCUGCGGGAGAGCGAGAACUCUCAGCCCAAACAGAUCUGCACUUUCUGCCUCAGCAACCAGAGGAAGCUGAGUAAAGACCGAGACAGGAAGACGGCGAUUCGGAGCUAG